AUGGUACUUGAUAUCGAUUUAUUUCGAUCGGAAAAAGGUCAUGAUCCACAAAUAAUUCGAGAUUCUCAAAAGAAACGUUAUAAACGAGUUGAACUUGUUGAUGAUAUUAUUCAAUAUGAUACACAAUGGCGUACAGUUCGUUUUCAAGCUGAUCAAUGGAAUAAAAUGAAAAAUCUUUGUGGACGUACAGUUGGUAAUAAAAAGAAAGCAAAAGAAAAUGAAGGCGAUACAGAACAACUUCCGAAAGAUUUUCAAAUUAAUCUUGAAACAUUAAAUGCUGAUUUACUUUCAAAAUUAACAGUAAAACAAUUAAUACAUGUUAGUUCAUUAAUUGAUACAGAAAUUGAAAUAACAAAAGAAAAAUUAAUUAAAAUUGAAAAUGAUCGAAAUUCAGCUUUAUAUGAAAUAGGAAAUAUUGUUCAUCAUUCUGUACCUGUUAGCAAUAAUGAAGAUGAUAAUAUAACAGAACGAACAUUUGGUGAUGUUGAAACACGAAAGAAAUAUUCACAUUUUGAUUUAAUGUAUAUGAUUGAUGGUUACGAUGGUGACCGAGGAGCAUUAGUAGCUGGUUCUCGUGGUUAUUUUAUGAAGGGUCCUGCUGUAUUUCUUGAACAGGCAAUUAUUCAAUUAGCCUUACAUAUAUUAAGUGAAAAAAAUUUUGAAAUACUUUAUACACCAUUUUUUAUGCGAAAAGAAGUUAUGCAAGAAGUUGCUCAAUUAAGUCAAUUUGAUGAAGAACUUUAUAAGGUUGUAUGUAAAAAUGAUAAACCUGAUGAACCAAGUGAUGAAGAAAAAUAUUUAAUUGCAACAUCCGAACAAUGUAUUGCUGCUUUUCAUCGUGAUGAAUGGCUUGCAUCGGAACGAUUACCAAUUCGUUAUGGUGGUAUUUCUACGUGUUUUCGACAAGAAGCUGGUUCUCAUGGUCGUGAUACACGUGGUAUAUUUCGUGUUCAUCAAUUUGAAAAGGUUGAACAAUUUUGUAUUACUUCUCCACAUGACAAUGAAUCAUGGAAAAUGUUUGAUGAAAUGAUUGGAAAUGCAGAAGAAUUUAAUAAAAAAUUGGGUAUUCCAUAUCGUAUUGUUAAUAUUGUUUCUGGUGAAUUAAAUAAUGCAGCAGCGAAAAAAUUCGAUUUAGAAGCAUGGUUUCCUGGUUCCGGUAAAUUUCGUGAACUUGUGUCUUGUUCAAAUUGUCUUGAAUAUCAAUCAAGACGAUUAAAAAUUCGUUAUGGUCAAACGAAAAAACUCAAUGAAUCUUCUGAAUAUGUUCAUAUGUUAAAUGCAACAAUGUGCGCAACAACACGAACUAUUUGUGCUAUUCUUGAAAAUUAUCAAACUGAUGAUGGCAUUCUCGUACCUGAAGUGCUCAAACCACUUAUGCCUAAAAAAUAUUCGGAAAAAAUUCCAUUUGUUAAAGAACCACCAGUUGAACAAGAAUCAAAAACAACUGCUGGAGCUAAAAAGAAAUAA